UGACAGAGGCUCCAGUGUGGGCUAUAUAUACUGAGCAGACGCUACGCUGUUUAUUGCACACUGAUUGUUUCAAGAUCACUAAUGGCUUUAAUCGGUAAACCAAGGAUCAAGGAGUCCCGCUGGAAAGUUGUGGAGAAAAAGACUCAGAAGGAUGGCCUUCUCCACACCUUCUACAGCCCCAAUGGAGAUCAGUACACCGGAGAGUGGAGGAAAAACCUGAGGCAUGGACAGGGAACUCAGGUGUGGACGAGUGCCAAAACGAUGUAUGAAGGUGAAUGGAAAUGGGAUGUGCGUGAUGGUUUUGGGACGCUCUACAAACUGCAACUGCCAUCUGAGCGGUAUUUAAAAGUGUAUUUGGGGAACUGGAGAAACGAUAAGAAAGAGGGGUUUGGAAAAUAUUUCUACAGCUCUUCAUCCCGAUAUGAGGGGGAGUGGGUGAGGAAUGAGAGGAGCGGAAAUGGGAGGAUGACUUACGAGAAUGGAGAUGUUUAUGAAGGAGAGUGGUUCAGGGAUAAACCCCACGGCAAGGGCGUGCUGCUCCUCAGGAACGGGAACAGGUAUGAGGGCUACAUGAAGGAUGGGAAGAAACAAGGACACGGACGCUUUGUCUACAAGGACAUGGGUCAGGUGUACGAAGGCUUCUGGGUAGAUGAUGUGCCCAAGUGUGGGAAGCUGUGUGAGUACGACAGGAAGAAUACACACACACCUGAGCUGAACCCGAUCCCACCGGUGAGGCUGCAGGAUGUCCACGAAGUACUAAGGGAGGCACUCGGCCGUUUCUGCAGCAUGACAUGAAGGAUUAAAGCACAAAGAAGAAAAGAGAAACACAACAAAACAUAAAUAUACACAUAAGAAAAAUAUUUCGUGAAAUCGGAAAAACGCAAAAAAAAAAAAAAGUGUCUCAGAGAGACCGGAAAGAGUGGCCGUGCAUGAGAAAGAAAGUGGUGCGCACGCGAUAGUCAGUGGUGUGCACGAGAUAAUUUCCCUUCAGAAUUACACCACGUGCUUUCAGAGACUACAUAAAUAUAAUAAAUUAAUACAGAAAUCUCUUAAAUAUCUCACUGAUAUUUAUUGAGACAAUAAUAGCUUAAUUCCUUUUGAUUAUAAGAGGAAUAUGUUCUGCUUAUAAGGGUUUUCCAAAAUGUUCUUAUUGUUCCACACAUCUUUGCAUAAAUAGAAUAUUCAGACUGUUCUGUUUUUCACUGUAUAAUUUUGGUGAGAGAAAAAGCAGUCAUAAAGUAUGCUUUGCAUUUAAACAGUGAUUUAACCUUUUUCGUUGUGUAAUUAUAGAACACUUUGCAUGUUGUGUAUUGUACUGUGAAUGUUUUUCAUCUUCCACUCAUUAUUUAUUAUCUUUUUUUUUUUUUAAAUCUACUUUUAAAAUAAAAACUUUCUGAAGAA